GGAUCUGUGUAUUACUGACUGAGGAAAGCUCCAUUCUUUCUAAAGGAUUUUUUUCCCCUUCUCUCCAUUCUUAUUCAUCUCCCUCCUUCCCUCGAUUAGGAUUCUUUCAUCCCCUUCCUUGCAUUUGAUCGGAAUUUGGAGAAGAAUACACACAAAAAAACCCGUCAGCUCCGAAAGUCUUCAGUCUGAUGGCUAGAGCUGGAAUCUACUGUGGUGGGAUGGACGGAAGGACCAAAUUGUGGUCGUGGUUAUUGUGGAUUCCGGGAGAUUACUGCUGCUGAAACUAUUGGGGGAAUUAAAAAAACAAGUCGGUGUCUCAUCUGGGGAAAAAGUGUUAUUAUAGAAUCAACGUCAGUCCGUACUGUGGAGACCUGGUCAAUUUCACUUGAGAAUUUGGUCAAUUUCACCUGGGGAUUUUCUUGUCAAUUUUACUUGGAAUUUUGUCAUUUUCUGUCCGGAUGGUCGGCUCGCUUGGAAUUAUUAUGGGAAUAUUGGAAUAAUUUCUCCAAGCAAGUUAUAAACGGAUUCUUCUCUUGCGGAUUUCUGUCCCGGUGAUUUAUUAAUACACAGGCGACGUGCAUCUUUAGCCAUCGUCUCCUGCAAAGUGCUUUGGCUGGGCUUUGUGGAAUUGCUAUUGUUGAUUUUAUUGAGGGAGAAUAUAUUUUAGCCGUCACCUUUCUGUGGGGAAUUCGUGGGUGUGCAAUGGAUGGCCCGCGGUGCAGUGGGCUUCGCCGGAGUAGGCGAUCCAGGGCUCAGAGAAACCGAGACAGGAAGGCAAAGGCAGGAGGAGGUGGCGGUGGUGGAGGCAGUUCGAGGGCCGUCAGCACACAGUCCUCAUCGGGAUCUGAGCGAGAGGGCAGCAACAAAAAUCCAGCCACAUCCCGACCUAGACCUCCAAGACGACGGAGGAAAGACUCGACUUCAGGAGAAGAAGAUCUCAUUGAUGGAUUUGGAAUAGCCAGUUUUGUGACAUUGGAGGCACUGGAGAAAGACAUUGCGUUAAAACCCCAUGAACGCUUGGAGAAGCUUCAGAAUCCCCUUGCAAAGAAAAAACGCAACGAACUGCAAAAUGGCUUAAGUUUCCAUGCCAACAAGAACAGGCAUAGCUACCGCCAUGGAAGCUCUGACAGGGAAAAUAACCACACCUUGAGUCAUGGUCAUGGAAAACAGAAGCGCUUUCAGAAGAGGCACAGACAGCUCAAGCCUUCCCAACACAGCUGCAGGGACAGCGACAGUGAAAGUAUCAGCAGUGAUUCUAAGGCUUCCAACAGGGGCUGCUCACAUGAAAGACUGAGUGAUAGCUCUGCUCAUUCCAGUUUGGGAACUGGUUAUUUUUGUGACAGUGAGAGCGACCCAGAUGAGAAGGUUUCGGAUGCCACUUCUGAGAAACUUUUCAAUACAACCACAAGCAAAGUUACUGACUUCAGUGUCAGUGCACUAACAACAAAUGACACCCGAGAAGCAAGAGGACCAAAUGUCCCCAAGAUAUCAGGGUUAGAACGAAGUCAGGAGAAAAGCCAGGAAGGUUCCAAAGACCAGCUGCUCGUGCUUGCCGUGGCAAAGGAGCCUGCUCCCCAGGCUCAGAACCCACCUCAACCCCCGUCCCAGUCCCUAUCUCAAACCCAAACCCAAUUUCCGUCCCAGGCCCAGUCCCAGUCCCAAUCCCAAAUAAAGCUGUGCUCUCCACUUCCUGUGCAGAACCAGCUUACACAAAUUCCACCUCAUUCACAGCCAAAGGCUCCACCACCAUCCCAGGCUCAAGCUACAACUCAGUCACAACCCCUCCCUCCGUCCCAGCCCGUGCCUCCUUCCCAGCCUCUCCUUCCUUCUCAGCCCAUUCUUCCUUCCCAGCCCCUCCUUCCCUCCCAGCCUCUCCUUCCAGCCCAAUCUGUUCCAGUUCCUCAAACUCAGCCCCAGCCCCAGCCGCAGCCCCAGUCCGUAACUCAGCCAACCAAUCAAGUUCAGCCUCAAACUCCCCAGCAGCAGCCCCAAACACCCCAGCAUCAGCCUCACCCUCAGGCACCAUCUCCUGCUCAGCCAGUCCCUCAAACUCAGCUUCCAUCUCGGCCAACAUCUCGUAGCCUCCCACAAUCUCUCUCUGUCUACAGCAGCAGUCUAAGCUUGAACAGCAUAAGCAGCAGCAGAAGUAGCACUCCAGUCAAGCCUCAAGCCCCUCCAGCGCACAUCUCCCAUCAUCCUUCUACUCCAAGUUUUUCCUUGCCGCUGGGGGCCCACAAUACUUCACAUACCUUCACGCCUAGUCUGCAGCCUGCAAACCACUCGCAUCACCCCACCAUGUUUGCCCCACACACGGCUCUACCACCUCCUCCUCCACUGACAUCAAGUGCACUUCAAGUUCCUGGACAUCCUGCUGGAGCCGGAUAUUCUGAGCAAGAGCUUCUGCGACAAGAGCUGAACACCAGAUUCUUGGCCUCGCAGAGCGCGGACCGAGGGGCCUCGCUGGGACCCCCACCUUACAUGCGGGCGGAGUUUCACCAGCAUCAGCACCAGCAUACCCAUCAGCACACUCACCAGCACACGUUUGCGCCAUUUCCGCACACCAUCCCGCCAACGGCCAUCAUGCCAACACCUGCACCGCCCAUGGUGCGUACCCAAGGCAGAAAUUUUGACAAAUACCCAACAAAAGUCGAUCCUUUCUACCGACACAGUUUGUUUCAUUCCUAUCCUCCAUCCAUGGCUGGAAUUUCUCCCAUGAUUCCACCUACAGGUCCUUUUGGUUCUCUGCAAGGAGCAUUUCAGCCGAAGACCUCCAACCCCAUCGAUGUGGCAGGAAGACCUGGAGCUGUUCCCCAUACCCUCCUGCAGAAAGACCCAAGGUUGACAGAUCCAUUCAGACCAAUGCUGAGGAAGCCUGGCAAGUGGUGUGCCAUGCAUGUUCACAUAGCGUGGCAGAUAUACCAUCAUCAGCAGAAAGUCAAGCAACAGAUACAGUCAGAUCCGCACAAACUUGACUUCGGCCUGAAGCCCGAGUUCCUGAGCAGACCCCCUGGGCCCAACAUGUUUGGAGCUAUCCAUCACCCACAUGAGCUGGCUCGGCCCGCAACCCUUUUCUCCACUGCUGGCACCACACAUCCAACUGGAAAUCCCUUUGGACCUUCGCCUCAUCACAACAGCUUCCUGAGUCCGGCUGCUCACUUAGAGCCAUUUAAUAGACCAAGUGGUUUGACUGGUCUGAGAUCCUUAAGUAACAGCGCCUUUGGUGGACUGGGGAACCCUUCAAUCACAUCCAACACAAUGUUCAGCCACAAAGAUGGCCCCAGUAUGCAGAGCUUUAGCAAUCCUCAUGAGCCUUGGAAUCGACUCCACCGAACGCCACCUUCGUUUCCAACCCCACCUCCUUGGCUGAAGCCAGGGGAGGCAGAGCGCAGUUCCUCUGUAGCUGCUCAUGACAGAGAUAGAGAUGUAGAAAAACGAGACUCUACCGUUAGUAAAGAUGAAAAAGAAAGGGACACUAUGGAGAAGCGGCACUCCACCCACACUUCAUCUCCGUCUGUAAAUCAAGUUAAUUCUUUGGGACACAACCGUAGUUCCACUGAACACAGCAGAAAUCAUGUAAAUACUGAACUCCGUGAAAAGGAAAAGCCAAGAGAACGAGAACGGGAUCACACAGAUACUUGGAAGGACUCGUCUGUUGAUGAGCACAAAGUUAAAGAGAACCAUGCUCCUGAUAAGGAGAGCCUGGGACUGGAUGGCAGGAUUGGGGAGGACUCCAACAAGCAUAUAAACAGAGUCAAUUCACCCUACAUCCGGCUGCCAAGCACAGACAGCACAAGGGCUAACAGCUACACCAACCGAGAGGUAGAUCGGAAAAGUGAAUCUUCAUACGACCAUCAGAAGAAGAGUAACGAAAUUAAAGUAAAGGAGGAGCGGAAGGAAGACAACGACAUUAUAUCAGAGGUGAUUCAGACACAAAGGCCCUCUGAGCACACUCAGCCCACCUCAUUGCCCAGUGUCCAUCCUAGCCCCUCGAUGACCUCCAUGCCUAUGGCAAUGGCCAUGAGUGGGGUGCAUCCCAUGAACAGCAUUAACACGCUGGACCGGACACGGAUGGUAGCUCCUUUUAUGGGGAUUAGUCCAAUUCCAGGAAGUGAGCGUUUUCCUUAUCCUUCAUUUCACUGGGAUCCAAUGAGGGAUCCCUUGCGAGAUCCGUACAGGGGCUUGGACAUUCAUCGCAGAGAUCCACUAGCCAGAGACUUCUUGUUGAGAAGUGACCCCUUGCAACGACUGUCGACACCGAGGUUUUAUGAGGCGGAGCGCUCCUACAGGGACAGGGAGCCCCACGACUACAACCGCGAGCACCCAUUGGCUAUGGAUCCCAGACGUGAGCAUGAAAGGAUGAGUCACCUGGAAGAACGAGAAAGACUGAACAUGCUCAGAGACGACUACGAGCACGGACGCCUUCAUCCCAUUCACGCUGCAGCCCUGGAUGGCCACAUGCCUCAUCCCAGUCUUUUAACACCAGGACUUCCUAGCAUGCACUAUCCUAGAGUGAGCCCUUCAGCAGCUCAUCAGAACGGCAUCCUCAAUAAGACUCCUCCCACAGCAGCGCUCAGUGCUCCUCCGCCUCUCAUACCGACAGGUGGGGCACGUGCUGGCUCUCCUCGAAGGACUACUCCUCUGACUAGCACAGAGGCAAGAGAAAGACCCCCUUCUCACACACACAAAGACAUUGAAGCACGAUAAUACAGACACGGAGAAACAAAUGAAGGUAACUAUUAAGGACAUCCUUCAAUAAAGGCCACUUUUUUAGUCUGAUAACCCACCAAAUAAAACAUUGGACUUCUUUGAACAAUAAUCAGUGGGUGUGGCCUUCACCAACAUAAAAAUGUAAAAUUACUUUGCAGAAAAUACAUUUUUGUACAUUUUAAGCUUAAAUUUUGAAAAUGUUUAAUGUCACUUUGUUCCUUUCUUCCUGUUAAUUUUAUUUGUAGUAUAUAUAUAAAAAUGUGUUGUGAAGAAAGAGCAAACUAAAAAGAGUUACUGGUAUAUUUAUCAAGGAAUUGGGUAUGUGGUAAAUGAGGAGGCCUAAGGAAAAAAAAGCUAAAUUGUCUUUGAAGAGUUAUGGUUGAGACUUGGAUGGAAGGAAUCGUGCUGUAUAGACUACAGCAUAUCGGGAAGUUCCUUGGCUGAAUGGAACUUGGUACAUAUAUGCAAAAAAGGAAAAGACAAAAAAAGCUUUACAAUGUACAAAUGUAAAUACAUUGAAGGGCGGCUGUUUGACAGUCGAUUCAGAAGCAUCGGACAAAGCGUGCUAUUGGGAGAUUAACUAUCUGUUAACACAGUCUGCUUGUGCUGUGUAGGAUAACAUUUGUGGCUGUACAGAUAUUCCCAACUAUGCAAGCAGGUGAAUGCCCCGGCUUUUCAUGCAAAAGUCUGCAUUCCUCAACGGAGCCUUUUCAACACAAUUCAUUUAACCGCGUCUAGCACAUUACAUUGUGUCCAAGGAUUGUAAACUAUGUUAAUGAAGUAAAAUUAGUUCUGUUGGUCUAAUAGUGUAUUAAAGUGCUAUCUGAAGUUGUUUAUUCUGUUUUGAAAAAAUUCUAUCUAUGACAGUUGUUUCUUAUGAGCAGAGAUCUAUUUUAGUAGUCACCUGAAGGUUUAGUUGUGCGCUUCAAAUUUGUGAACUCCUGAUGUUGUGCAGUGUUUUUGAGAAACAAAAAAAAAUAUGUACACUGGAUCAGUAGUGCUAGAACUCAAUAUUGCCUAUAGACUUUCAUUUGCAGAUAUGCUGUUUAUCAUGUACGUAAUGAAGUCCUUUACAGAUCCUAUUGUAAAGUGAAGCGACUCUGAAUCUUCGGCAUGUGCUUCAUAAACAAAACUUGUGUUAUGUAAAU